AUAGGCACCGCCCAUGUGCCCAAGAACGUCCAUUCCGAUUGGCGGCCCAAAGCUGUCAAUCAUCAUCAAUCUCAAAGACGCCUUCAUGGCCGGCCAAAUAUUGUCAACAUUACAAACGACCGUUGCAGUAACAUUCCGACCGGCUUUAAAACCCACGCAAGGUUUGUGGUGCAGCAGAUGUCCGUGCACAAACUGUUCCUGCUGAGGCAUGGCGAGGGGGCGUGGAACCGGGAGAACCGUUUUUGCAGCUGGGUGGAUCAGAAGCUGAGCGAGGAUGGCGUAAAGGAGGCCCGGGACUGCGGCGGGCUCCUGAAGGAACUGGGCUACAAGUUCGACAUGGUCUUCACCUCCAUUCUCAGCCGCUCCAUCCAGACGGCCUGGCUGGUUCUGGAGGCCAUGGGCCAGGAGUGGGUGCCCGUGGUGAAGUCAUGGAGGCUCAACGAGCGCCACUACGGCGCACUGAUAGGCUUGAACCGGGCGGAAAUGGCCCUCCAGCACGGCGAGGAGAAAGUGAAGUUAUGGAGAAGGAGCUAUGACAUCACUCCGCCGCUUAUAGAAGAAGCGCACCCGUACUUCCACGAAAUCUACAGCGAUCGCAGGUACACCACGUGCGACGUGGACAAGGAGAAGCUGCCCCGUGCCGAGAGCUUGAAGGAGGUUCUGGACAGGCUGCUCCCUUACUGGUACAGCACGGUGGUGCCAGAGAUCCAGAAAGGCAGGACCGUGCUCAUUUCUGCCCAUGGAAACAGCUGCAGGGCCCUGCUCAAACACCUGGAAGGAAUAUCGGAUGAGGAUAUCGCCGGCGUGACGUUGCCCACAGGGAUUCCCUUGCUGCUGGAGCUGGACAAAGAGCUGCGGCCCGUGAAGGCUGGCCAGCUGCUGGGAGACCAGGAGAAGAUCCGAGUAGCCGUUGAAAAGGUGGAGGAUCAGGGAAGAGCCAAAGCCACCACCUGAAAUGCAUGGAAGAUCUUUCAGAUGUAUCCUAAUGUCAGGUUACUGGUACUGUUAGUCUGACCUGCUACCGUGUCACUGCAUUACUUUAUGCAUACAUCCAGCCAUUUUAUAUACCGCUUAUCCUCACCAGGGCCACGGCAUGCUGGAGCCUAUCCCAGCUGUCUUGGGGCGAGAGGCGGGGUCCACCCCGGACUGGUGGCCAGCCAAUCCCAGGGCCAUGUACUUUAUUAUUCAGUACUUUAAGUACAUCCUUUAUUCCGGCUGCACGGCGCUCCAGUGGUUAGCACGCAGACCUCACAGCUGGGAGACCUGAGUUCAAUCCCACCCUCGGGCCAUCUCUGUGUGGAGUUUACAUGUUCUCCCCGUGCAUGCACCCGUGGCUUCUCUCCGGGUACUCUGGUUUCCUCCCCCAUUCCAAAAACAUGCUAGGUUAAUUAGCCACUCCAAAUUGUCCAUAGGUAUGAAUGUGAGUGUGAAUGGUUGUUUGUCUAUAUGUGCCCUGGGAUUGGCUGGCCACCAGUCCAGGGUGUACCCCGCCUCUAGCUGGGAUAGGCUUUAGCACCCCCCCGCAACUCUCAUGAGGAAAAGCGGUAGAAAAUGAAUGAAGAGAAGUAAAAAAAAUACAUGUAUUUAUUUAUUUAUUUAUAUAAUAAAGUAUAAUUUGAGAAGUAAAAAAAAAACACAGCAAAAGUGGAAAAGCAGCAGUAAUUUAACAUGUUUAAUGUCAAAAUAUAAAGAGAAAAAAAAAAGGACUUCAACAAGAAAAAGUCAUACCGUAUUUUCCGCACUUAAAAGUUUUUAAUUUUGUCCAAAAUCAAAGAUGCGCCUUUUAACGUGGUGCGUUCCAAAAUAUAAAUAUGUAAACCGUAAUACUACGCCGACAGUAAAAGCCCUGUCCUGUCUCUCCUGUGAAAGCCAAGCGCUUGCUAGCAUGCUAGGAGGAUUAACAAAACACAAAGUGACGUUGCACCGGCGACCACGGUCUACCUAACGACAACAGACAUGAAACCGCCAUGUUUGAUGGCCAAAUUGACGUGAACGCCGACAGGAAGUCCUGGGAGAGUUACGCAAGUUGAAUGGAUCAUCUAACGACGACAGACUCCUACAAUGAUUGGACGGAAGCCGCCAUGUUUGAUGGUGAAAUUGAGGUGAACGUGGAUGAAUCGCCGGGCUAAGGUACCCGCUAGCAUUGUAUUGUCUGAGUGUUGUUGUUGUUAAAUAGUAGAAUAAAGUUCAACUAAACUCACUUUUUGUGUGACUUCGUGUUGAACACUCCGCCUCAGGCGUUCUUUGGUACUUCAAGCAUAUGUUGAAGUACUAAUACUAAGUAUUCUCUAUCGCUCAGUCUGGCCGAUAACUGACUUUAUCUCCAAGGCCUCUAACAUGUAUUGUCCCUCUGAUGUACUCUUUCCUGAUCCUAUCCAUCCUGGUCACUCCCAAUGACAACCUCAGCAUCCUCGUCCACUCUAUCACUCUAUCUCUAUCUGUCUAUCUAUCAUAGUAUAGUAUAGUAUAGUAUAGUAUAGUAUAGUAUAGUAUAGUAUAGUAUAGUAUAGUAUAAACGCCUAGGUAGGAAGUUGAAAACUGAGAGCAUCCAGAGGAGUCGGUUGGAGUUUGAUUGACUGACCAAUGAGAAGACAGGAUUCUUGCCGUGUUAGAUUUCCCGAAAAAGAAUAUACCAACAUAAAUAAAAAAGCAGUAGCUUUUAAAAUGAAAACAGACCCUUUCCGAAAUCCAAGGAAAUCCAUCUGGAAUAGGUGCAGAUUCUGAAAGAUCUAGAAAGCUUUCUGUGCUGGUAAUUGUGUGUAGCUGCUCUAUAGGAGUCCACAGCUCAAUACAAAGGGUCCCCUUUAAGAGAAAAAAGUUGUAAUUUCAUAAUUUUUUUAAAACAAUUUUUCGUUUUUGAGUUAUUACAGGUCAGCUACCCCCCCCCCCCCCCAAAAAAAAUGUGCAUGCUAGGUUAAUUAGCCACUCCA